AUGGCGGAUUCCGAAGACGCACCCAUCAUUCGCGCUAUUAUUAAAGAAUGUUUGCGAAAGCUGCACGUGCUAGGUUGGUGUACGAAAAAUAAAGAACUACACGACGCUACACAAGCGUACUCUAUCGCGCAGUUGUUACAAGACCGAUCCGAAGGAUUGAAAAAGUUGCUCUGUGAACAGCCCGACGAGGAAGAUGAUCAAGCGAGAUCCAUCUCCUCGGAGUCCUCCACCGAAUCAUUCACACUAGCCGCGAUGGUGCAAGUGAGCAGCGCCUCUGGAGAAGAUCGAAAGUAUUACGAUCGAUUCGAAUAUUUGGAACGCGCGAAGGAAGUAACCCGUCUGCGGAGCAGACUUCGUUUACUCAAAAGCAAAUGCCACGCACAAAAUCAAAAAUUACACCAUGAAUCCCAAAUUGCCAUGAUGAAGCAUCGGUUUGUGGAGCACUGGGAAGCGGCACGCAAUGAGCAGCUCCAGCGUUUGAUACACGACGAGGUUGGGCAGCUUUCCGAGAAGCUUACGGUUAAACGACGCGAAAAUGAACAGGCGAACGAAGCCGUGGCUGCCACUGCACGGUAUUACCAGUGGAAGCUGGCACAGAUCAAUCAGCAGAUCGAAGGCUGGAUGACUCGGUUCGAUAGCGACAAGGACGACCAAGAUACCCGCUUCCAGAAGGCACGCGCAACGGAGAAGCGCUGGAAGGAGCUACGCGAACAGUACGAGCGGCAAGAGAACACAAUCACGCGGCUGCAGCAGGAGUUGACUCGCUGGAAGCUAGAGGAACAGCACAAACAGUACUGCAUCCUGAUGGCCACCAAACUGCAGGCCUGGUGGCGUGGAACGAUGGUACGGAAGGGUUUGGGCCGGUUCGGAUCGAACAGUAAGAAGAAUCGAACAAAGAAAGAACCUACAAAGAAUGCUAAAGCCAAGGGAAAAAAGAAGUAG